AUGGUUUUGGAACCAGGAAGAAAUGUUACCCUACAAUGUAUUGGUGUUGGUCCUCCUGCUCCAGAUGUAUAUUGGACAAAGGGAUCCGUUCGAAUUGAAAGUGAACAGAAAGGGCAGUUACGUCUUCUAAACGUAUCUCAGCAAGAUACUGGAGUGUACCGCUGCCACGCUGUCAACUACUUGGGACAAGACGUAAGACAAACACGAAUAAUUCUUACAGAGAUAAAAUUUGUUAUUCGUCCUCCUCCUACUGUUGUCGCGUCUGCUUUUGCCACAAUAGUAAUGAACUGCACUGCUGAGAUAGCACCUGGAAUACCAAUAUCUACACGAUGGGAAUUGAUACAAGGACGGUGCAGAUCGGGUUCGGUCAAGAGAACCAGUUUAUCCAAUGGAACGCUAAUUAUACGAAAUGUGACCGAAUGGGAUAGUGAUACUUAUGUAUGCUACGCCGGUAACGAUUGGAUUUCAGCGAAAGUACAUGUGAGGGUGGCAGUGGAUAUGAGUUGGAUGCUGACAAGUGACAACUGUCAAGGAUUUCGUCAGUCUGCUUACAACAGAUCUGUUUAUUAUGCGGUGUCUUCGUCUACAAUAUGGAAUAGAUCUAAAUACUAUCAUUGCCCUGCGGGUUAUUAUUGGCCAUGCACUGAAGAGGGACACAAGAUAUUCAAUAACAACAACUGGUCAGGACCAAAGUCGUACUACAGUCGAUGUGGAUGGAGUGGUUAUAACUACCGCGGAGGAUACAGACAGUACUUUAGGUUUCGUGACUCGUCGUCAACAUACGCGUACAAAAAUGCUGGAGGUGAUGAUGCAGACGGGAUAUCUAGCACUAGUUCUACCUCCAACUUUGCUGGCAUCAUUUGCGUAAAGGAAUGAUGUUGUAUAAGUUGACACAAACUUGCUGCAUAUAAGCAAGCUAUCUGUAGUGUCUUUCAGCGCUUGCAGGCUUGAAUAGGACAAGAGUCUAGCUUUUGCAUAGCUUUUGUGGGUAUUUGUGUGCAGUCUGACUUAUCUUAAAAGCUAAGUUUUGUUGCUUGUGUGUCUACUGUGCAUUCUUUCUUAUAUUCGU